GACAACGUCGCCAACCAAUCACAGUGGGUCGAGGGACAUUUGAAAGAGUCGUCGCGUUUGUUAUUGUUUUGAUUCAUAAGUUUUUUCGUUAGAAUUUCAAAUGUCUGCCUUAUAAUUAAACAGCCAAAAUGACGGAGUCUACAUUAGAGCCCAUUACGAAGCGCAUUCGUCUUCUCACGUCCCUAGUCAGCCGAUCGGGGCUUAAUGACAGCUCCAACAAAGGGCUCACCGUACAGCAGUUUAUUGGGCACGAAACACUUCUGGAUGGGUUGCUCCUCCUGUAUGACGAGUGUAACAAUGAGCAGUUGAAGAAGGAAGAAAAUGUUGCCGCUUUCGUUGAUAAGUUUCGAGGUGUUGUUACAGAAGUAAAGAAACUCAGAGUAAACCUCAAUGAUUUCGAACAGAAGAAGGUCAUUGGUAAGGGCCACUUUGGUGUGGUCCAAGUUGUAAGAGAAAAAGCAACAGGCAAUGUGUUUGCCCUCAAGAUCCUUCGAAAAUCAGAGACAUUGUCUCAGAAACAUGUGGCAUUUUACGAAGAAGAGAGAGACAUCAUGGCCAAAGCAACAUCCCCUUGGUUGACUCAUCUUCAAUAUGCCUUUCAGGAUGACCAGCAGCUGUAUCUAGUAAUGGAUUUCCAUCCUGGCGGAGACUUACUGUCUCUGCUAGAUCGAUACGAUAAUGUUUUUGAUGAGGAUAUGACAAGGUUUUAUUUAGCGGAAGUAACUCAGGCCAUUCACACGCUGCAUUCUAUGGGCUACGUACACAGAGACAUCAAACCAGAGAAUAUCCUCAUAGACCGUUGUGGACACAUCAAGCUUGCAGAUUUCGGCUCGGCUGCCAAACUCACCUCAUCUGGGAUCGUAAGAAGCAAAAUGCCUGUGGGAACACCAGAUUACAUUGCUCCUGAGGUUUUGUUUGUGAACGAGAAGCCUGGAAGCAGUAUGUCGUAUGGAGUGGAGUGUGACUUUUGGUCCCUUGGCAUCAUGGCGUAUGAAAUGUGCUAUGGGUAUACGCCGUUCAGAGGAGAUAAUGUGGUGGCCACUUACAAUAACAUCAUGAAUCAUCAGAAAAAUUUAGAAUUCAAUGAUGAGGAGAAUGCUGCAAGCAACCAAAUGAAGGAUUUGAUCAAGGGACUUCUCAAAGACUCGAACCAUCGCCUGACAUACCCAGUGAUUAUUCAGCAUAAUUUUUUCCUGCAUGUCAAUUGGAAUAACUUGAGAAACUCCCAGCCACCAUUUGUGCCUGUUGUAAACAGUGUUGAUGACACAAGUAAUUUUGAAGAAUUUGAAAACGAGAGGAGAGUGCCAGAUGUAGAUGCCUUCAGGACAAGACAUGGCUUCACAGGGAAGAAUUUGCCUUUCAUUGGCUUCACCUACAGCAGACACAGUGAACAUCCAGAGGCGGAAUCUAGGAGGAUAAGCAUUUGUCAAGAUAUUUCAAUCAUGGAAGAAUCAAUGAAAGAACCUUCUCAUCUGGAGGCACAGCUUAAGGCUCAGAAGAAGGAGAAUCAUGAAUUAAGACUUCAGCUCAAGGACAUGUCAGAAGGUGAACUGAAUCGUCAUACUCUCGCUAUGAAGAAGAAAGUAGUCGAAGCAGAAACCAGAGUCCAAUUUCUGGAGAAGGAGAGGCAGCGUCUGGAAGAUGAGAAUGUUGCCAAAGAAAAGAUGGCAGUGUCUUACAAAAGGGAUUUGGCUCUGGAGAGGAAAGAUCGCUUGGAAACAGAAAGAAAGACUGUCAAUCUAGUCAGAGACAUGAAAAAUAAGUGGCAGAAAGAGCAGAUAGAAAAAUUACAGGCCUACAAAGAUGAAUGUGAGAUGCUUCAGUCAUUGCAUAAGGAAGCUCUUGCUGAAUUAGCAAGACGAGAGGAAGUCUUUAGGAAAGUUGGAAUGGAAAACCAAAAACUAAAGAAGCUGCUUGAAAAAAAGGAAAAGGCAGAUGUAGAAAAGUCAAAAGAGGUCAUUGAGAAAGACUGUGUAGGUAAUUGCCAGGUAGCUUUAGAUAGCAAGGAGAGACUGGAAAUUUUGAACAGUGAAUUGAAAGCAAAGGAGGAGGCAUGGACUUUGAAACAUGACAUCCUCAAGGAAGAGAAAACAAAGAAUGCAGCACAGCUUGAAGAGACCUUGAUCAACUUGGAAAAAGUGAGCAGUGAAAAUACUUUUGUGAAUGAGGGCAAGAAGCUCUUGGAAAAACAGGUUGCAGAAUUGGAAAGGGAAGUGGAGAGUAUCCACAAGAAGUUGUUAGAUGCUGAGAUGGAUUUGCAAAAUGCCAAAGAACAGGAGAGCUUAGAAAGAAAAAAACAUAUCAAAGCCUUGGAGGAUCAUUUAGCUGAAGAGAAGAGAGAAUGUUCAUCAUUACGAAAAGAAUUAAAGAGUUUAACAGAUCAGCUGAAUGAAUCGAGGUGCAGCCUUGCAUCCCUUGAUUCCAGUAGUAUCCAGAAAGAAGAGCAGCAUACUGCUAAGAUUCGAGAACUAGAUCAAGAGCUGAAAAGGACCAUGGCAGACAAAGUCAGUCUUCAGAGUCAGCUGUCGGCUGUCAGAACUAGGGAAGGUGAACAUCAAACAAAAAUAGCAGAACUGGAACUACUUCUGAAGAAGUUGGAUGAAACAGUCCAUAACUUGGAGAGCAAGAAAUCAUCCUCUGAGGCUAUUGAGGAAACUUAUCAAAUGAAGAUCCAGCUCCUGGAAACCCAGCUCAAUUCUGCCCAGACAGCUCAUAGUCAAGACAAAGAGAAUUUGAAGAAAAUUUCAGAGGAGUUGCAAGUGAUUAAACAGGAACUGUCUGACAGCAAGCUUGACAUCCGUGUUGCUGAGCGGGAAGCGAAGUCAGCUCAAGACACCAUUUCAUAUCUCCGAGAGAAAGUAAAGGAACAGCGUAGCCAGUUGGGAGAAAAGGAUGAGUCAAUAAAAUCUGCCAGUGAGCAUGCAGAUGGUCUUCGAGCAAACAUCGAAAAACUAGAAAAUUCUAUUAAGGUUUUGGAAGAAGAAAAGGAAAAACAAAAAGAGACACAUCAGGAAAAUGUUGCAGUUCUUCAAGAUAAGAUCAAAGCAGUUCAGGAUGCCAGUAAAGCCUCGGGUGAACUUGAAAAGAAACUGAAUGAUGCUCUCCAGCUCUGUGAUAGACUGAAGUUGGAAAAAAGAGGCCUGGAAAGUCAGAUCAAGAUGACAGAAGCAAGUAAAGAUGACAUUAAGAAAGAGAUUGAAGGAUAUAAAAAGGAAUUAGCAGAUUUGAAUAAAAAGCUUCAGCACUCAGAGUCUGUGAUAUCACAGCUUAAGGAAGUAUGUUCAACACAAGACGAAGAGCUCACUGAAAUGAUGGCACUCCAUGAUAAAAUAAAGGAGCAUGAUGAAGAGACAGCCAAACUUCAAGAAGAAAUAGAGAAAUUGAAGUCUGAGGUUAAAGCAGCUAAAUGCAGUGUUAAUGAAGAAAAGUCACUCAAGUUCUUCCAAGAGAAGAAAGUGAAAGACUUGGAAGCUCGAAUAGCAUCCAUUGAUGAGGAACACAAUGAGCAGAUUCUUCAGCUAAACGAGCAGUUGAAGGAGUACACAAAUACCAAUACAGAACUUCAUGAGCAAGUUGAAGGUUUGGAUAGAGAUCUGGAAGCUGCCCUGCUGAGUCAACGAAGUCUUGAGAGAGAUCUGUCUGUACUUCACGGCCAGUACGAAAGACUUAAGGAGGAGAGCGAAGGCCACAUUAAGCACAUUCACACCCUCAAAGAGUCCAAUUUCAAUUUGACAGAGGGACUAGAGGAAGCCAUAUGCAAAGCUGAGGGUUUUAAGAAAAGGAUUGAGGAAGUUGAAACUUUGAAAGCAGACGUUGAGGCACUUCAUGAAGACGAGCGAUUGAAAAUGAGGAGUACCAUCGAUCAGCAGGGCAAGCUCAUAGACUUCUUGCAGACAAAAAUAGACAAUCCAAAGAAGAAGAAGAAAAUGAAGAGCAAGCUGUUUGGAAAGGAAAAUAAGGAAAACACUGGAUAUGUCAUGCCUCAUCAGUACCACGAACUUGAAGAUUUGCUGGUGCAGGAAAGGUCAAACAACAGGAAUCUUCAUGAACAAAUCACCAAAGCUCGUGCUGAGAUAGUAGCUUUGAAAUCCAACACUGGGACUCUAGACAACAGAUCAUUGAUGGGAACACCUAGCAUCUCUCGAAAGCCACUUGCGUCAUACAAUUCAACCCCAAGCACGGCUCAGAGUAAAAGGUCCCUGUAUAAUGGUGGCAGUUUACCUAAAAGACAAGAGAACUCCUUGAAGAGAAUGCGACACAAUAUUCCACAUAGGUGGCAGAAUGCUCUACAGAUGAGAGCAGCGAGGUGUUCUGGUUGCAUGGGAAGUAUUCCAUUUGCGCGGAAUGCCGCCAAGUGUCAGGAGUGUGGAAUAGUAGCUCAUAGUAAGUGUAGCACAGCUAUUCCAUCAACAUGCGGGCUCCCCAUAGAGUUUGCAGAGCAUUAUUCUGGAGGAUGGACAACAGACUCACCUCAGAGAUCCAGUAACCCAGAGGCAGAUCAACACUAUGUUAUGCAAGGCUGGGUUAAAAUCCCAAGACCAGGUAAAGCCUGCUGGGAUUCACGCUACGUGUGUAUUGAGAAGGAUGAACUCUUAAUAUUUGACCAAGAACUGACAGGAGAUAUUCAGCCAUUAUCCAAGUUCAGUCUCAAUCGUCCAGAUGGCUCUGCUACAAUAAUAUCUGCUGUUCCUAGAUCAGAGCAGCCCAACACCAGUAGUGUCGACCUACCUUAUGUAUUAAAGAUUGAAAUAUCUGCCAAGAAACCCUCAGAACAAUCUGAUAGCCUGUACCUCAUGACCACUAAUUUUGAAGAGAAGCAGUCUUGGGUUAUGGCCCUAGAGGGCAUUGUUGCUCAGCUUCCAAAAAGUGAGGUAGACAGCAGUCAGGUGGAACGCGUUCAUUUAGAUGUUUUGUAUUCCUCCAACAACCCAGUUUCUUUAGAUGUCAAUUCACUGAUUUUCAUUACUGAGAAGACUGCAAUUAUUGGGGCCUCAGAAGGCCUUUAUUCGUUUGAAGUCCAGAAAGAUGGGACCCUGAAAUCAAGAGCACGAAUCGAAGGCUUGGUGGCUGUACACCAGAUACUAGCCGUGCAAGAUGCGGGAGUUGUGCUUUUUAUUGCAGGAAAUGACAAUCUUGUGUACAAAGUAGACAAAAGCAUAGCUACAGUCACAGCUGAAGCAGGUCAGGUGGCCAAGCCAAGUCUUGAUCCUGAGCGAAUUGAACCGCUGCAGGGUUGUCAUCUUUUAGCUUGUGGCUCAACAAAGGCAGGACAUACUUUCAUAUGUGCUGCGGCCUCAGAUAGAAUCAGCAUACUGAUAUGGAACGAAACUCAAGAGAAGUUUACAGUGUGCCGACAGUACAGCACACAAGAACCCUGCAGCUGCUUGCAUUUCACUCAGGCAACCUUGAUUGUAGGAGCAGAGAAGUUCUAUGAAAUUGACCUCAAGACAUUUGAAAUUGAAGAGUUCCUGGAUGAGACAGAUUCUUCUUUAGCAUAUGCUAUUUAUGGAUCUGCCCAGAUGUCCUCUUUCCCUGUUGCUAUAUUACAGGUAUCUAAGGCUGGAAAGUAUGAGGAAUACCUCCUCUGUUUCUAUGAGUUUGCAGUGUUUGUAGAUGCUUGUGGUCAGCGCUCAAGAGAACAUGACAUCAAGUUCACUCGUCUUCCAAUUGCCAUUGUGUUUCAACGACCGUACCUCUACAUUGUACACCAAAAUGCUGUUGAAGCCAUUGAAAUUCGACAAGAUUCUUUCACCAAAGUAACCACGGAGGCCGAAUCCGAUAGUGACUGCAGUCCUUGUGUAAGAAUGGCCUCACAAACAAUGCCUAAGCCUUCAUUUAUAGGUGUAGGUCAGAAUCCUAGGAGUAUCCUUAUAACUUCAAGAAGUCAUGAUAAACUAGAAGUAAUCCAAGUGUCAGCUAAUUUCCCUGAUGAUUGUGACAUGUCAUCAUCUUGGGGAACCUUGCCCAACAUGUCAGAAAUAAGUGACAAUAAGAGUGACACAAUGUCUGUGACAAGUUCGGAAGUAGACCCUAGUGCUAAUAAAAAAGUACACUUUAGUGUGCAAUCGUCUGUUAAAACUUAAGUCUAGUUGUAUCUGGUUAUGUAUAUGAUUAUCUGCUUCUUUUUGUAUAUAUUGGUGUUAAAUGAUACUUUUAUGGAUUAGGAUAAUUUUCAAGAGUGGCAUGUCUUGUAUUUCUUUAAUUGCCUUACACAUCAGUGAUUUUAAUGAUACUAAAAAGUCCUGUAAGAAAAUUAAGAAAUGUUUGAAAUACUGGUUAGUAUUUCAGAGCAGGAAAUAAUAGGAAACAAAAUAUAAUAGAAAUAAAAAAAUUUCUUGAUAAUCCAAUCCUGUCCAGUAAACUUGGCAUGAUGUCUAGUAUAUCAAACUUCCCGUAGUUCAGUGAAAUACCAUUCAUAAUAAGGUGCAUAUAGUACAAAAUGGCCAGCCAAAAUUGUAUAUGUACUUCAAACUUGGCAACUACUUACCAGGUAAUGUGUGAGCUAAACAUAAAGGCCAUUCCAUGCAAUAAAUAUUUUCAUUCAUGAGGUCUACAAAGGGUAACACAACUCUUGUAUGUGAAACUUUAACUAAUUUUUUACCAGUACUUAUACUAUACUGUAUUGUAUAUACUUUUAAGUGUUUUGUAACCACUUUUUUUUAAUAAUUUAAUCAAGUUAACUUUUUUGUUGUUUUUAAUUUUUAUAAUUAUUGUAAAACAGCCACCAAGAAAUAUUCUGCUAGAAUAUACAUUUACAUCUUACAGUAGGCUAUUACGUAUUAUUUCUUGUGAAGGGAAGGAAAAAAAUUUCAGACUAUUGUGAUGGGAGACACUUGUCUUUUAGUGUUAGGAAUAUUUCAGUGUAUAGGCUGAUGAAUCAAGACCUGCAAAUUUCCUAGUCCCUGAAUGUGUUUAUUAUGGUGACUAUGUGGAAGAGCAGUGACAACCUAUAAAUGAUUUUCAAAUUGCUUAUUGCUCUUUCCAACUUUAGCUAAGUAUCAUAUUAUUUUCCUACUUACAUUUUAUGACAUUGUACACAUAUUCUUCACGACAUUUUAUGACAUAGUACACUUAUUCUUCACGACUAAACUGUCUUUAUCUUUAUAAUAAAUUCUGUUUAAUAUAAAAUAUAGUUUAUUGUACGUAUUAUGUUAUAUAGAAUCAGGCAUUAGGAAAUUUGAUUUAAUUUUGAAACUUAAAGUGUGACUGCUCAGUAAAAAGAACACAGGUUCCAUAUAUGUAAGUUAUUCAUAUAUAUGUCAGAUUUGUUGACAUGCUCUCAUUCUUCAACUCCAAUGUAUAUUGUCAAACUGAUGUUAUUGUGCUAAAGGUGGAUUAUGUGAAGACUUAUGGACAGAAUUUCUUCUUUUAACUUUACUGUGUGUAUAUGAAUAUUUUGUUUAAAUACAAGCUUCUUCUGAAUGUGGA